AUGCGAAGAGAGGAAGCUAUAUCAGACAAAGUGAAGCGAGCAAUCCGAGGGUCUAGAAUUGCUGUCAUCAUCUUCUCAAGGAGGUAUGCAGAUUCAAUCCGGUGUCUUGAGGAGCUGGUGAAGAUCAUGGAGUGUAAAAGAACAAUGGAGCAAAUGGUUUUGCCAAUAUUUUAUGAUGUUGAUCCUUCGGAUGUCAAGAAUCAGUCUGGGACUUUUGCAAAAGCAUUUAAGAACACGAAAACCAUUUCCAUCAAGUUAAAGAUAAGGACGAAAAGCUAUGGCUAUGGAGAAAUGCUCUUACUGAAGCUGCAGAUUUGGCCGGUGAGGAUUUUGCAAAGACUGACGGGUAUGAAGGAGAGUUUAUCAGGAAAAUAA